GGUGUGUGGUCUAAACAUAACGGGAUAAAGCCCAAAGAAUGAGUGUUGACGAAACGGGCUAUGGUCCAUCAAAACCAUUUAUGUAUGUAUAUAUAUUCGCGCAGCAAUAGCCUCGUAAACCCUAACCAUUCUGCUCCACCGCUGCUGCUUUUCGGCCAUCUCUCUAUUUCGGCGGACAGGCGAGCUGCACGGUUUCCGGAAAUAUGGCGGCGACGGCGAAAACUGUUAAGGAUGUUUCUCCUCAUGAGUUCGUCAAAGCUUACGCCGCUCACCUCAAGCGGUCCGGCAAGAUGGAGCUUCCUGAGUGGACUGACAUUGUGAAAACUGGUGUCCUCAAAGAACUUGCUCCUUAUGAUCCCGACUGGUACUACAUUAGGGCCGCUUCCAUGGCUAGGAAGAUAUACCUCAGGGGAGGUAUUGGUGUUGGCUCCUUCAGGAGAAUUUAUGGAGGGAGCAAGAGGAACGGAAGUCGCCCGCCCCACUUUGGCAAGAGCAGCGGCUCUGUUGCUCGUCACAUCCUUCAACAGUUGCAGAACAUGAACAUUGUCGAGAUGGAACCAAGGGGUGGAAGAAGAAUCACAUCCAAUGGCCGGAGGGAUCUCGACCAAGUUUCUGGGAGAAUUGUUGUUGUGGCGCCUUGAUUUGCGCUCGCCCCAUCUUUUACCUUGUUGGCUUUGUUCUUUGAGUAAAAUCCUGAAAUGAUUUUGGGUUGAAAUAGAAAUCUUUGCAUGUUUGAUCAAA